AUGGCUACCACCACGCAGCCACAAAAUAUACUGAUGGAUGAAUCUUUGAAUCUUCCGAUUACUAGCAGUAACGGCGAUAACUACGGAAACAUAAAUGCGAAUAUAAGAACUUCUACGGGCAUGGGCAUGCACAUGCGCCCUGCAAGAUUGAAUUCUCUCGAGUUUUUGCACAUGCCCAGAAGACUGUCUAACGUCAAGCUGCACAGACUACCUCAGGACGAGUUGCAAAGAAAUACAAACCUGAAUAAGAGUAUGUAUUUCAACGGGAAGCAGGUUCAUGCUCAUCAUCCGUUCAUAAACCGUAGCAUGGACCCCAGUGCUCAUCAUCAAAACGUAGAUAGAGAGGAAGAAGACGAGAUUUCCCCCCUGUCGCAUGAUAAUUUCCAGUACGAGUCUGAAGAGAACGCUAAUCCUUCACCCCCCGUCUAUAAGAAGUCCGGUGAACUGGUGAAGAGUUCACUAAAAAGAAGGUCCAAGUCUCUACCCAUCACGCCCAAAUCUAUAUUCAAUAAAGCCGGCACUAGGGGCAAGCAUGUCAAUCUGGACCAUGUGGAUACAAGGCUGCUGCAAAGGAGUAAAAGUGUUCACUUCGAUCGUGUUUUACCAAUAAAGCUUUUCAACGAAAACGAAAAACCCAUAGAUGUUAGCAAACAGAUGAUACAACAAGAUGUCUUGAAUUUCCAGCACAAGCCUUUGACAAGAUUUGGAGGUCCUAUUGGCAGCACUAACAGUGUUCCUAUAGAAGAUUUGUUGUCUGAAGACAACCGAAAUGAAUAUGAAGACACAUGGCUGCGGAAUCCCAAGGGUGCAUUCUAUUUUGGUACGAAUGCUAAUAAUCACAAGAGUAAAAAGAAGAAGUUUAAAUUAACCGACGAUGACGCUGAUGUCGACAGUGAUAAUGAAGGUGAUGAAACUAUAAACCGUUUAGUAAGGAAACAGGACAAAGAUGAAGCCUAUCUCACAUACGGGCUAAAAAAUCUGCUAAUAAACGAGGAUAGCGAAUGUUCAGGAUCAAGGAAAAACUCCACCAAACCAGAGGCAAACUUAUUUUAUGGGAACUCUAAAAGGGCUGUUGGUCUUUAUAAUAAGAACUUCCCAAUCUUAAGCGAUAAAAACCGAAAGAGUCUGAAAUUGAACAUCUUUUUAAAUUUGUCUCGUGGCAGGCCCGUUUUUCUGCAAGAGAUAGCCCUGUUAACAGGUUUUCACAACAUGACCAUAAUUGGGAAGGUCUUUGUGAAAAACAUAUACUUUGAUAAAAAGAUUAUCAUAAAAUACACAUGGGAUGCCUGGAAAACAUUCCAUGAAUCAGAAUGCGUUUAUUUUUCUAAUGCUAAUAACAUCUUACCGGGAAGCGAUAUGGAUAUUUUCAAAUUUUCCAUCGAUGAUAUACACAAUCCAAAUGACAAAGAUAGCAAUAUAUCACAAUUGCAGUUUUGUAUUCAAUAUCAGACUUGGAGCGUUGAUCGUUCCAGGAAGGAAUAUUGGGACAAUAACAAUUCGCUAAACUACGAGGUUGACGUGGUGACUCAUGAAACGAGGCUCGGGCCUACGACAGAUGCUAAUGAUAACUACGAAAUGAAGCAUAGUCUUUUCAGAAAUCCAUUUCAUUGA